AUUCCAGGCGCUGUGGCGGUUCCGGUACCAGUGCUGGCCACGUAUGGAAGACACAGCGCACCUCAGCUUCAAGGUACCGCCGCCAGGCAUCGAGUUCACACUGCCUUCGCCCAAGAUCGGCAUCGAAGCCCUGCCUGUGGUCGACCCCUCCUGGAUGCCGCAGGUGAAGAGUAAGGUGGAGGACGUGACUCUGAAGGAGGAGCUACACUCGAUCGUGUCUGCGGGCAAGACGCGCCGCAAGCAGCAGGCCGAGCUGGUGCAGAUCGCGCUGCGCAAGGAAGACGAGAAGAAGCGGCUCGACCGCGAGAACUACCGCAUCAGCACCGUACCCGUCAACUACCAGGCGGCGCACGAGCCCAGCUUCUAUCACGUGGCCGGCGACGAACACGACGAGGGCAAUUUUGAGGUGCGCUCGUCUGCUUUGGGCAACCGCGCCUCGGACGGCAACUUCGACCACAUUAUGAGGUUUUAUCAGCAUUGUUACCAGAUCGGAGCCACGGACGAGGAGCCGGCCGAGGUGCUGCGCGGCUCGCACGCCCAGUCGGCACCGCAGAUGUUCCCUUCGUGCCUGUGCACGGCGGCCACCAGCAUCAUCGCGCUGCUGGACGACACGGCCGUCACCGCCGACGGCAUGGCCGUCUACUGCGUGGCGCAGCGGGUGAUAUGGAAGUGCCUGGUGGAGGACAGUGCGCUAUUUCUGCGUCACUUCCUGGAGAAGCUGACGCGGGAGCGUCAGGAGGUGAUGAUCCAGUACUUACGCCGGCUGGUGCACACCUUUCCAAUGUUGCCACCGCAAACAGCCUUCGCCCUCUACAACUACCUGGUCGGCUACAUCAUGUUCCAGAUACGUUCAAACUCCGAGUACGCCACGCAAAACAUCGCCAAUUCGCUGACCCUACUCUGGCAGGUGAUUCCUGGCAUCCAAGGGAUCCUGUUUAAGGACCUGAAGCAGAUCUUUCGGAAGGAGCAGUGCGACGCGACGCUGAUGCUGACGGCGAACGUGCCGUCGGCCAAGCGGAUCAUCGUGCAUGGGCCGCAGGGUCCGGACGCGGGGGGCAUACCGUCCCAGUUCCCGAUCCAGGAGGACACACAGUUCUGCCAGAUCCUGACCGAAGCACGCGAGUUCUUCAGCAUCCCGGAGGAGAAACACGGCUCUUACUUCCUGGUCGACCACAAAACAGGCGUGAUUCACAAUCCGAAGGCGUUCGUGCGGGACUUUUACUUCUUCAAGCGGUCCCAGUAUCCUCAGCUGAGUCUGAUUCACGUCGACCCAGAGGAAGCCUACAACGCCAUGCAAAACAACGUGUUCUAUCUGAAAAUGCUAGAGAUCGGGAAGACAUUGAAGAGUUUAGCAAUGCUCAUGCGCCCAGAUCAGGUGGCACAGCGGGUGUUCUUCCUCCACGAGGAGCUGACCAAGCUGCCGGCGUUCCCGCGCAAGGCUCUUGAAACCGAGUUCCACCUAUACAAAGGAGGUCAUCUUGGAAAGGAGCUGAAAUGCCUGGAUAGCAUGCACAAGCUGAUUUGGGUGAAGAUGAUGUCGCGCAUGUUCGAGGGUAUGGCCGGGAACUUCGCCUACUCCGGCGACAUUCACCUCUUCAUCAAUGUGGUGAACGGCUGCCUGCUGCUGCACUGCGAAGACAGCGCGAUGCUGAGGCUCGUCAUGGCUACCUACAUCAGCGCCGCCCAUCAGUUCAAGAACGUGUUCUCCAGCAAUGGGUACCUGCUGAUCAUGCCCACCAUCCUUCAGGUGUACAGCAACCACCAGUCGAAUUCACUGCUCUGCAGGACUGUAGAGUUUAUCUGCAAGCAGUUCUACGUGCUACAUCGCAAGCCGUUCGUGUUACAGAUGCUGGGAAGCAUUGCUCCCAUGCUGGACCUGAACACAGACUCUCCGUUCGCUGAUGCCAACAAGAUCCAGCCGGACACGCUGUUCCGUCUGCUGAUAUCUCUGGAGACGCCCUCGCCGGACCCGCUCAACACCAUCGAGCUGGUGACCAUCGAGAAGCCACUCCGCGCGCUCGACUUCUGCUACCACGAGGAGACGGACGACGUCACCAUCAUGGACGUCAUCAGCCUGUGCGUGACGGUGGUGGCGUACGCGGCCGACAGCCGGCGCGCGCACCAGAUGCUGAACGUGCUGGAGGCAGUGAUUCCGUUCUACCUGCGUCACGUAGAGCGCAUCUCUAGCGUGGCCACGUCGGCGGGCCCCAAGGCCGAGCUGAAGGGCGAGAAGGAGGUGAUCCACCAGCUGGCGCUGUCCAUCAAGACGCUCCUACACAACUGCGAGCCGUUGGCCAAGAACUACACGGGUCCGACUCGUGGCAGCACCGAGUUCAAGACGUCCAGCAUGAAGACGUUCACCAGGACGGCGGCGCAGGAGGCGCAUAACGCCGCACUCGACCUGGACGAGGACUCACACUCGCGCAUGUUUGUCAGCGACACGAGACGCACCAAUUUCAUGGAGCGUGACAUGGAAGACUCCGAGGUGCUGCGCGAGGCCUUCCGUCGGCCGCGAGACACCCUGCUCAACAUCGUGGCCGACUUCCUUACCCGCUGCUCGGCCAGACUGCAGGAGCUCAGCAAGAAGCCGGUCGCUGGAAGUGAGAGCAAGCAGGUCGAGUUGCUGGACGCAAAAUGCCACAGCCGUCUGGCAGAGAUCGCACACAGUCUGCUGAAGGUGGCCCCCUACGAUCCGGAGACAAUGUCGUGCCGUGGCCUGGUCAAGUACAUGAACCAGAUCCUCACGUACCCGGACUGGUCUCAAGAGGCGCUGAAGCCGACACUCAUUAUCAUCACGCGCCGACUGGAGAAGGUCUUCACGAAGAUACUCAAAAAGAGCUUCAUCAGGCGUCACACCGACUGGGUGGCAGCCGCCAACCUGCUCAAAGGCGUGUACACCACGCUCUGCAAGUACCCGUACAUCGCGCACCUGCCGCCGCUGAAGGCGCUCAUCCUCAUCUGUCAGUCGCUGAUCGUGGGCGAGAGCGGCGCGGCGGCAGCGGACGGCGCGGCCGCCGACACCGGCGCCGCCGUCCACUACCCGCCGCCCCAGCACUUCGCCUCCACCGUAGUCCGGCUCAUAGCCAUGCAGAUGUUGGCGCAGGGGGAGGCGCAUUCGCUGGAGCAGGUGUGUGGUGGAAGUUCCGUCUUCCCCAGCCCCGAAAAGACGGAGAACAUGCUGAUGAAUCUGCUGCUGCCACUCUGUCUCAGGGUUGGUUGCGGACGAACAGACGUUCCCAAGAUGCGGCAGGCGGACAUCAGCUUCGCGCUGACCGUGAUGCUACACGCUCUGCAGCCGCCGGCCUCGACGAAGCUGACGCCGGGCCUGGCAGCCGGCGCCGCCGGCGCCAGCGGCCUCAACAAGACCGAGGCCGGCCAGCACUCGACCAGCGAGGCGCGCACCCACAGCGCCGUACGGCCGUCCAUCUACUCAGUGGCGUUCCUGGGGCUGAAGAUCCUGCUGAUCUGUUUCGAGAAGAACCUGGCCAUGGACUGGCACCGCGUGGCGCGCACUGUGCAGGAGCUGGGGUCACAGGGCUGCGGAGGCCUGGCACUCUGGGACUUCCUGGACUUCGUCGUCACUUACCCCACACCCGUCUUCGUCCUGCUACUACCCUUCAUCAGACAGCAUCUGGAAUCACCGACAUACGACUUCGCCGACGAGGUCCACUUCAAGCAGCUGAUUCGCGAGAAGCUAGCUGGCAAUCAGGAGGAGAUGCCACGCAUUAAGUCCAAGGGCUCUGUUCUGAUGGAGUUGGCUCACGAAAUGAAGCUGGUGAAGGAAGAGAUCGCCAACUCCAAAACCGGGGACUUCGACCAUCGCAAGUCAGUGGUGGUAGACCUGCACAGCGACUUCCGCUCUCGUCUGUGGACUGGCUCCGUGUCGGAGGGACCCAAAUCUUCCAAAGUGUCUAGCCAGCGUUCGCUGCAGCGGGACGCCAGCGUCAAGAGCGAGCACUGGCCCCAGCCGGCCGGUCAGCGCACCAUGCGCGUCUACUCGAUGCGCUCGCGCGGCGCCGUGGAGCGCUUCCUGCGUCGCACCAGCUAUGCCGGAGCCGAGGACCGGGCCGGCGUCGCUGACGCCAGGACCGCCACCUCCGAGCCCCGGCUCUACAGAAAGUCGUUGUUUGUUAUGCGGAAGCGCGGCUCCCGCCACAGCACGGCCGACUCGGACACCACGCCAGGCGACUCAGCAACGGACCUGGACCAGGCGAUGAGCCCCGGCUCGGCUGACGAGGGCUCCACAUCAAGGCCGCAGCGCCACCGGCUGCAGCGUCAGAAGGCGCAGAGCAGGAAGACGUUCCGUUUCCGGAAAAGUCGCCGGGGAAACAACUUCGAGAUGAGCGCACUGGAGGACCAGACCGGCGAGGUAGACACAGGCGCCAGUGGCGCGGAGCCGAGCACGCCGGACGCCGCCGCGCCCUGCGAGAUCCCUGAGACCAUCGACGAGGUGUCGCUGCCGCUGUCUCCGCGUCCACCGCCGGCCGAAGCCGCGCCGCAGCCGGUCAUCCUGAGUGAUGUCAGUCCAACCAGCAGCAGCGCCGCCUACCGGGAGAGCCUGUGGCUGGACGAGGAGGACCUGUGUCAGCUGCAGACGCUGCGCGAGUCGACGCCGAGCCAGGGCAGCCCGGUGACGACAGCAGCCGAGGUGAGCAGUCUGCCCGGCGACCUGUCGCCGGCCAGCGGCUCGCUCGGCUCGGACCACACCGAGCACACGGCGCUGCUGCGGCCGGCCGUCGGCACCGGCGGCUCGGUCGGCUCCCUCGAGGUCAGCAGCGACCAGAACACGCUCAUCUGAUCCCAAGGUCAGCUGGGGCGAGCAAGUCCUCAUCUUCUGAGGGAGGAAGAUGACAGCUGCCCCUGAUGACGCAGAGCAGAGCGACAAUCUCAUCCGUGGGCCUGCACUGGGCAGGGCGGCUUGGCCUGAUUCCUAUUGGCCACUCAUGGCCCGGCCAGCCCGGACGCGAGUGGCCAGACCCACCAAUGUGGAAGUGGCUAAGGUCAGAUUUCGUCGACCCUCCACUCCAGCGCGAACGAGACGGCGGCAGGGCGAAGGCCGGUCUGUGCCCAGACCUGGCGAACGUGCUCGGGUGGGGCCGCCUCCGAGCACCCCACCGUACAGGUCUAGAAGUCUCGUCUUGCGUUCCGUAGCUGUAGCGAAAUGACAGGAACAGGGCGCUCUCGGACGCCAAGGAAGAACGUACAGGUCCCGUUGGUUCUGGCAUGAUGAUACAGUCGCCUUCCUUCUCUCUC